AUGUACCUGGUUUUCCUCAGUGAAUCCGGCCAGACCGGCCUCAGCGCCGACGACCCCAGCCAGCCGCACCACGUCCACGCCGGACUGCUGGUACAGGAGAGCCAGUACAUCUCCAUGACCGGGGAGUAUGACGCCCUGGUUCGCCGCCAUUUCGGCGCCCCGGCCGGGUCCGACGGCGUGCCCAACGAGCUGCGCCCCGGCGACCUGUACCAGGGCACUGGCUACUUCCGCUCGUGGCGGCCGGACCGGCGCGCCGAGCUCAUCCAGGACUGCCUGAGCAUCCUGAUCCGCCGCGAGAUCCCACUGCUGGUGUCGUCCAUUGACAAGGCCAAGUUCCUGACCGCCAGCAAAACAGAAGGAAACUCGAUCUACGGCAAUACGGACCCGUCGCGGUUGGCAUUCAGCCGUUUCCUGUUGGCGCUGGCCAUGUUCCUGGAUGAGAACGUCAUGUCCCAGAUGAACCCCGACGAUAUUAUGCAGUCGUCGUGGAGCGUCAACGAUUACGCGAUGCUGAUGGCGGGGGCGGAGUCCCAGUCCAUUUCCCUGGCGCUGACCGAUUUUCUGAGCGAAGAGAACGAUUCGGUCAACCCGUCGAUGUAUGACGACCUGAUGAUAGCCCCGGCCGCGACCAGCGUCGGCGGGCAACUGGCGUCGCUGUGCGUAUAUGUCAUCCGCCGCUGGCUCCAGCAGCCCGACGCUACCCACGGGUACUUCGACGCCCUGCGCGACGGGCGGGUUCUACAGGUAGUUUACCCCUACCAGUUCGAUUAG